AGUCAGGGAAGAUCCUGGAGGUGGCUGACCCCUGAGCCCACACUCAACGAACCAAUGGCCGUGGAGAAGGGGCGGGCCGUCGGGAGUGCUGCAGGGCCGGAGGGUGCCCCAGCCUCAGCGCCGCCGACUGGUUAGCAGCCUAGCCCGGGCCCAUGUUGGAGCCUCCCGCAAUCCAGAGGUGUGCAGCUGCGCUCGCGGGCGCGCUCCUCCUGCUGCUUUUUCUGCUGCUGGUCCGCCAGCUCCUGAGGCAGAGGCGACCGGCGGGCUUCCCCCCGGGGCCGCCGCGGCUGCCAUUCAUUGGCAACCUCUGCUCCCUGGCCGUGUCUGCCGAGCUUCCCCACGUCUACAUGAGGAAGCAGAGCCGGGUGUAUGGCGAGAUUUUCAGUUUAGAUCUUGGAGGCAUAUCAACUGUGGUUCUAAAUGGCUAUGAUAUAGUGAAGGAAUGCCUUGUCCAUCAAAGUGAAAUUUUUGCAGAUAGACCAUGCUUUCCUUUGUUCAUGAAGAUGACAAAAAUGGGAGGCUUACUCAAUUCUAGAUAUGGCCGUGGAUGGACUGAUCACAGAAGAUUGGCUGUUAACAGUUUUCACUAUUUUGGAUGUGGUCAAAAAUCUUUCGAAUCUAAAAUCUUAGAAGAAACUCAGUUUUUAAUUGAUGCUAUUAAAACAUACAAAGGCAAACCUCUUGACCUCAAGCAACUACUAACAAACGCUGUUUCAAACAUCACCAAUCUGAUCCUUUUUGGAGAACGGUUCACUUAUGAAGACACUGAUUUUCAGCACAUGAUCGAGUUAUUUAGUGAGAACGUGGAACUAGCUGCCAGUGCUCCGGUCUUCCUGUAUAAUGCGUUUCCAUGGAUUGGCAUCUUACCUUUUGGAAAGCACCAAAAGCUAUUCAGAAAUGCAGAUGUGGUUUACGAUUUCCUUGUAGGACUUAUUGAAAAAACUGCAGUCAACAGAAAGCCUCAUUUACCUCAGAAUUUUGUUGAUGCCUAUUUAGAUGAGAUGGAUCGAGGUAAAAAUGAUCCUUUAUCUACGUUCUCCAAAGAGAAUCUAAUUUUUUCAGUGGGUGAACUCAUCAUUGCUGGAACUGAAACCACAACUAAUGUGCUUCGCUGGGCAAUUCUUUUUAUGGCCCUUUAUCCUAAUAUUCAAGGACAAGUUCAUAAAGAGAUUGAUUUAAUUAUGGGCUACAAUAGGAGGCCUUCUUGGGAAGACAAGUGCAAAAUGCCUUAUACUGAAGCAGUUUUACAUGAAGUUUUAAGGUUCUGUAAUAUAGUUCCACUGGGGAUUUUCCAUGCAACCUCUGAAGAUGCAGUUGUACGUGGUUAUUCCAUUCCUAAAGACACAACAGUCAUUACAAAUCUUUAUUCUGUUCACUUUGAUGAAAAGUACUGGAAAGACCCAGAUAUAUUCUAUCCCGAGCGAUUUCUGGACAGCAGUGGAUAUUUUACUAGAAGGGAAGCUUUCAUUCCUUUUUCUCUAGGAAGAAGACAUUGUCUUGGAGAACAGCUGGCUCGGAUGGAAAUGUUCUUGUUUUUUACAGCGUUACUUCAGCAAUUUCAUUUGCAUUUUCCACAUGAGCUAGUUCCAAACCUGAAACCCAGGUUGGGCAUGACAUUACAACCCCAGUCCUACCUCAUCUGUGCAGAAAAACGCUGAAAGUGCACAACUGUAUAUUGUGUGAUGUUUUACUCUUUUGGCUUUUUGAGGGGCCCACCACCCAGCUCCAAAUAAAUCACACACAGAGGCUUAUUCUGAGUUAUGAAUGCCAGGCCUUAGCUUGG